CGGCCACGGCCCCGGCCCCGGCCCUGCGCACAGCGGCGGACUCACCGGGCAGCGCGCACGGAGAGCCAUGGCGCGGUCCCGCGGCGAUGUCCUCUUCUUCCUCCUCCUCCUCCUCUUCCUCUGCAGCUCCGCGGCGGCCGGACCUACGUUCCUUGUGGCAGCUCCCUGGAACAUCAGGCCUGGAGCAAACUUGACUGUUGGGGUGGCUCUGCUGCCGGACAGCCCAGCACAGGUCACCGUAAAGGGAGAAGUGAUCAGAGAUAACGAGACCAUCUUUAGCAAGGAAAUGGUCUUUGGGAAAGGUACCUUUGGGACUCUUGUUCUUCCAGCACUGCCUCUGAACAGUGCUUCUGGGAAUUAUGAAUUACUGGUGGAGGGCCUUGCUGAUGGCCGGCACAUCUUCUCUAACCGUACCAGCCUGAUGUACACAUCCAAGAGCACCUCUGUGUUCAUCCAGACUGAUAAAUCCAUGUAUAAACCAGGACAGGAUGUGCUCUUCCGGAUUGUCACUGUCUAUCCUGAUCUGAAACCUUACAAUGUGUUUCUGAAUAUAUAUAUCCGAGAUCCUCGGAAGAAAUUGAUUCAGCAGUGGUUGAUGGAGGAGGGUGAUUUGGGUGUAGUUUCCAAAAAAUUUCAGUUAUCAAUGAACCCUCCACUAGGAGACUGGUCCAUAGAAGUGGAAGUGAACGGUCAAGUUCAUUAUCAAAGAUUUAAAGUGAUGGAAUAUGUUUUACCAAAAUUUGAUGUCAUGAUAACAACACCCUUAUACUACUCUUUGAGAGAUGAAGAUGUAACUGGUGUUGUCUCUGCAAAGUACACAUAUGGAAAGCCAGUAAAGGGAACUGUAACAGUCACUUGCCUUUCUGUUUCUUACUGGACAAACAAGAGAAAUAUAACAACAACAAUGGAGAUAAAUGGAUCUGUGAAUGUCACCUGUAACAAGCUGAUGUUGCAGAGCUUGCAUGCCGAGCAGUCGUGGCACCAAGGUGACAGCGAUUACACGGAGCCGAUAGAAAUGAUCGCGGUGGUGACGGAGUCGCUCACAGGAAUCUCCCAAAAUUCAAGUACCAUCAUAUUUCCAAAGCAAAGUGACUAUUUUAUUGAAUUUCUGGACUACACUAGAGUUAUAAAGCCUUCUCUGAACUUCAUAGCUACUGUAAAGGUGUCACGUUCUGAUAGCAACCAGCUGACAGCUGAAGAGAGGCAGAAUCUUGUAACAAUCACUGCACAAGAGUCAGACCUGCUUUUCCAUCACUCUUCACUUUCUCACCUGGAAAAUGAGGCAACAGAGGAGAGAAAUCUGACAGUCCAUAUCCUGAACUUCACAGUUCCAGAAAAUGGAGUAAUUGAUGUUGAAUUUCCAAUCCUAUCUGACACAAAAACUCUGAGAGUUCAGGCAGAGUUCCUCAGCAGUAAGACUGACAUUGGUGUUUAUGAUGUGUUCAGCUCCCCCAGUCAGACUUAUCUCCAGGUUAAAACAAAGAGCCAGGAUAUAAAGGCUGGGAAGCCUUUUGAGCUGAGCAUUGCAAGCAACAAGCCAGUGAGAGAGUAUCACUAUCUGGUAUUAUCUAAGGAACAAAUUAUGGCUUUUGGCACAAAGUCUACAAAAAAAUUCACUUUAACAGCAGAAAAUUCCUGGGCUCCUUUGAUAUCCAUACUUGUGUUCUAUGUAGAUGAGCUUGGAGUGGUUGUAAAUGAUGCUCUCACUGUUCCCAUCCAGCCUGCUUUGGAUGACAAGAUUAAAAUCUCUUGGAGCAAAGAUAAGGCCAAGCCAUCUGAGAAAGUCUCCCUUAAAAUCAGUACAACAGAGCCAGGAUCAGUAAUUGGAAUUUCAGUUGUUGACAAAAGUGCAAAGCUUCUGGGAGAAAGUAGUGACAUUACAGAAGAAUCUGUACUCCAUGAGCUCAAUUUAUACAGCACAGUGCAGUAUUUCCCCUUGGUCAGAGGUUCUUUUGGUGUAUUUCAGAAAUGCAGCCUUUGGGUAUCAACUGAUGCAGUUCUUGAGGAGGAUAAGGAACAUUUUCUUUAUGGUGGAAUGAUACCUAUAGAGGAUGGUUUCGGUGAUGAUAUGCCGGUAUCUAAAAAUGGACCUCCAGAUUUCAGCAAUCUCUAUGUGAGGACACAUUUUCCAGAGACUUGGCUUUGGAUCGACACUAAAACAAGAUCUGACCCAGAAACCACGAUGGAUGCCAUUGUACCUGACACCAUCACAUCCUGGGUAGCCAGUGCUUUUGUGGUCUCUGAAAGCGGCGGGCUCGGAGUGACGGCUGCUCCAGUGGAGCUAGAAGUUUUUCAGCCUUUUUUCAUUUUCCUGAACCUUCCAUACUCCGUCAUCAGAGGAGAGCAGUUCAUUUUGGAAGUGAACAUCUUUAAUUAUUUGAAAGAAGAAGCUGAGGUUACUGUGAUCCUGGAUAUGAAUGAUGCUUUUGAAAUUAUUUUAACAUCCAAUGAAAUAAAUGCUACAACAAAUCAACAAUCUAUAUCUGUACCAAGUGAAGAUGGGAAAACUGUUCAAUUCCCAAUCAAGCCAAAACAGCUGGGAGAGAUUCCCAUCAAAGUGACAGCAAUAUCAUCGGCUGCUUCUGAUGCUGUUAUCCAGAAAGUAAUAGUCAAGGCUGAAGGAUUGGAACAGACAUAUUCUCAAACAGUCCUUUUGGAUUUGACUGGGAAUAAACGACAAGCAGUGUCAAAAACUUUGGAAUUCACUUUUCCUUCUGAUGUUGUAAGUGACAGUGAGAGAGUGCAGGUCACUGCUGUUGGUGAUUUACUGGGGCCUUCUAUCAACGGUUUGUCAUCAUUGAUUAAGAUGCCUUAUGGCUGUGGUGAACAGAAUAUGAUCAAUUUUGCUCCCAAUGUUUAUAUUUUGCAAUACUUGACUAAAACCAGGCAGCUGAGAGAGGAUAUUAGAUCAAGAGCAGUAACGUUUAUGAGAAAAGGCUACCAAAGAGAGCUGCUUUUCCAGAGGGAUGAUGGCUCUUUUAGUGCCUUUGGAAAUGAAGAUCCCUCUGGGAGCACAUGGUUAUCGGCUUUUGUAUUGAGAUGUUUCCUUCAAGCUCGUCCAUUCAUAGAUAUUGAUGAAGAUGUGCUCAUGGAUACAGCUAAAUGGAUUGUCCGUCAUCAGAAAUUGAAUGGAGAGUUCCAGGAGCCUGGGAAGGUGUUAAGCAGUGAUCUUCAAGGAGGCACCAACAAUCCAAUUACUCUCACAGCUUACAUCAUGUCAUCCCUCUUAGGAUUCCCAGAUAAACAGCAUGCUUAUGCCAUCAAGACUGCUACAAACUUUCUAGAAGAUAAAUUAGAAGAAGGCAUUUCAGAUAAUUACACAUUGGCACUUGUGACAUAUGCAUUGUCCUGGGCAAAAAGUCCAAGAGCGAAGGAAGCACUGAAUAUGCUGAACCAGAGAGCAGAACGCCAAGGAGAAUUUCGGUUUUGGGUAACACCUGCUUCUGAAAUUUCUGACUCAUGGCAGCCACGGUCCAUUGAUAUUGAGCUUGCAGCAUAUGCUCUGCUCUCUCACUUUUAUCAAGACAGAUUAGCUGAAGGGAUCCCUAUUAUGAAAUGGUUAAGUCAUCAAAGAAAUCACCUUGGGGGAUUUUCAUCUACUCAGGACACAGUGGUGGCUCUACAAGCCUUGAGUCUGUUUGCAGCUCUCACUGUGGCAAGCAAAACAGAAAUGGAUAUAACAGUGACAGCCCCUUCUUUGGAAAUGCCAGAAACAUUCUCAAUUGAUACUCGAAACCGUUUCCUGCUCCAGACUAAGGAGAUUCCCCCUGCACAACAAAUGAAAAUUACAGUGUCAGCGGAGGGAAUGGGAUUUGCUGUCUUUCAGCUGAAUGUUAUGUACAACACAAAGCACACCGAUCAGAGGCUCCGAUCUGUCCAAAAUCAAGAAGCCUUUGACUUGAAUGUUGAUGUAAAAGAUGAUAAAGAUGAUACAAACCACUUGACUUUGAAUGUGUGCACAAGGUACUUUGGUUCUGGCUCAGCUCCCAGGAGUGGUAUGGUCCUCAUGGAGGUUGGCUUACUCAGUGGUUUCUCUGUGUCACCAGAUUUUGUUCCAUUAGACAAUACAGUUAAGAAGACAGAAAAGGACAAUGGAAAAGUCAACCUAUACUUCGACUCUCUAAAUGAAACACAGGUUUGUGUGGAUAUUCCAGCUGUGAGAGACUUCAAGGUGGCAAAUAUCCAAGAUGCUUCAGUGACUGUACUGGAUUACUAUGAACCUAGAAGAAGAGCAGUGAGAAGCUACAAUUCAGGAGUAAUGCAAAGUGUAACCUCUUGUGACUUCUGUGAAAGUGAUUGCCACCUUUGCCACCGAGAUGGUUCUGCAGCCUUGCUUCAGCACUCUUCAUUGGCCUCCUUGUUCUGUAUACUCUUUGUCCUUCAUGUAAUCUUGCAGUGCAGUUGGGUGCUGUAAAAGGAAACAGAUUAGGUUUCACAUCUAAGGUUUCCAUAAAUUAUCCAAAGAAAAUUUUAUGUUCAGAUACCAGCCCGUCUUUAGUGAUUGCCGUGACCAAACUCCUGCUGUGUUCAGGGAGAGCUGGGCUGGCCCAUAUGGUAAAUUUCUGGCUGUGCCAGAAAACUUCUACAAGUGUCUGCUGGAAAAGCUUUCCAAAUGUUAGUUUCAUACUGAAUUUAUUUUCUGAAGAAGCACAGAGUUACUGAGAAAGCAGUGUGAUAAAAAGUAAGCUUAGCUCCACAUUCCCGCUUUGUUUUUACCCCAGCUUCCAACUGUGCUUGUUUUUUAGGGAUGCUAGUUUACCAUGCUUUUCCAAAACACUAUUUGCUUCUCCACGAGUGUGUUGAUAAGCAAUGAUAUGAGCUUGGUAUCAGAGCUCUCUUCUGUUCUGUUCUGAAGAUGUGAUGCUCAACAUUAAUACUGAAUUUCUCUGUGUGCUCUCAUGGGGAAUAAUAUGGAAAAAAAAAAGGAGCUGGCUUCAGAGCAGAUUCAAAGAGCCAAAAAGUACUGCAUUUACAAACUGCUGAAUGCUCCAGAAAGUUGUCAGUCUUCUUUUUUUUUUUCUUUUUUUGAAUCAUUUCAGAGCAGGUAGGUGGAUUUUUUUGUCAAUUCAUAAGCUAAUAAUGGUUGAAAAUAACGCCUCAGGAUGUUCUCAUGCAUUCUACUCUGAAAGGCUUUUUUACUGUAAAUGUGUCAAAGAUAAAGUCUGUUUAUCAGACUUCAUUUUUACAGGGUUAUUCAGAAACAAAUGCAAUUCUCUUUCCAUGUGAGAAUGCUGGUGUCAGCUGGCAUAAAUUUAUGGCCAGAUGAAGGAAGUUUGCUUUGAACCUGUUCUGUUUUUUUUUUAAUGUCUCCUAGAAGUAUCACUCUGGGGCAGAGUUUAUGUCUUGUGCUUUCAGCAUCACCUUGUCAACAGUUCAGUAUGUUGUUGGGCAUACCCCAACAGUUGUUUACCGCUCUCAGUGCCAUGUGAGUUGGUGGCCCUGGAUGCCAUCUGUGCUCCUGUUGCUGCUGGUGGGAGAGGCUUUUAGGAGAGAAGAAUUGUUUGGCUGGACUGACUGCAUAUGCACUCAGUCCAGCCAAACAAUUCACAUGCCUACUUUAACCACGUCCGUGUAUGCUCAAGUGCUCUGCUGAAGUGGAAUGGAGGAGAGGGAUGGUGAAAAGUAGUGGCCACUUUUACACUCAAACCUGCCCUUUGCACAUGGGGAGAAUUACAGAUCUCUGUGAGUGUGGAAAUGUGUGAGCUUGGGAGUUUGUUGCUCCUGAGUGAGUGUAUGAAUGCCUUCCUUGUCUGGCAGCCAAUCUGUCCUUCUUGUACACUACCUGUAAUAUCUAAUGCUUAUUUCUUUUUGAUGAGGCAGCCAGGCUGUUACACUCAUAGUUAUUGAAAUGAAGUUAAUAGCUGUCAUGCUGACUAAGAGAGGUGGAAAUUUUAAUUUCUAUUGAUUCCCUUUCUUUCAUACCUUUUUUAGACGGAGUGUGUUUUUGUGCACAUGUAAUAAUAUGGCAGUCACUUUCCUUGAGCAAUUUCUCAUUUUUAUUCCAUUUUUUCUACUGCUUAAAAUGUAUAUUUUUGUAUUUAUGCUCAUCUAUAAUGUUGUUCAAAAAGGAAAUUUUGCAUAUCAGCUUGGGAAGAGGCCUGAACUUCCUGGACUGGGGGUGCCUUCUAUUAUCAAUGUAUAGGUUUUAACUGCAGAACUAGUUUAGAUGGGGUUAUUUGCUUUACUUCACCUGUUUUUGGAAUUUACAAUGUUUUUCACAAAUUUGGGGUUCUGUCCUAUUUCUUAGGCAGAGUUUAGUCCUGGUUCUUCAUGGUCGUUCAUGCUUUUCCCUUGUCCUUGGUGUGUUUUGGAUUUAGCCUUUUGAGUAGUUAAUUAGUGCCUGAGCAGAGUGUGUGUGCUGCUCUGACCCACAUGAAGUAAUGGAUUUAUUGAAGCCAAACACACUGCUUAGUCAGUAGGAUGCAGGAUCUCACUCCCUGUAAGCCAUUCACUUGGUUACAUGGGUCCAAAGCUAAGACAAAUGAAGAUACAGAAUUAAACACAUCUCUGCAUCUCAAAUCCUUUAUUCAUUUAUGGGAGCCUAAAUCCAACUGUGCCAAGUUUGUAAGAUCUGGAAAAAAUUCUCAUCUAAACUGGGAUGUGUUUUGUUGUGGGUUUGAUUUUUGACCUAUGAAAGUUGGUCUUCUCUUGUCUUUGAGAACAGCAGACUUGACAUGUCAUAUCUCCCUUUAAUAUAAUUUCAAAAACCUAAAGCUCACAUACUUCCAGGUUUUACUAUAUGCAGGGCUUUUAAUAGGGACAUUGGUACCUGAUUAAUGAUAGGAUAAAGGGGCUUAUUUUCUAGGCAAGAUGUACUGGAGAUAAAUUGCUCUUUUGCAGUAGAUAGUAGGAAUAAAUUAUUUCUGUUUUACAUGCAGUCCAAUCUUCCUGAAAAUCCUCCAAGAAAAACAGAUUUAAACUGCUUAGUUGAGUUUUGGACAGUGCAGCUUUUACUAGUAUUCCCUUACAUUUGUUUUUGAGACAAACAACACAUGUUUUUAAAUGACUUUUGGCUGCCUUGCACACUAUAUUAAGAAUCAUCAGUCAUAGUGUACCAUGUCAGGGAAAUUGUUGGAGUCAGUGAAUAAACAUCCUCUUUUAUUUUACUUUAUUCUAUACAGAAGGCAUUUUAUUGCAGGCAUCCAAAUCUGCAUCUGUAUCAAGCUAUUUUAAAGAAACCAUGUACAUUGUAUGACUUUAAACAAAUGUUUACACUUGGUGGCCUUUAAUAUUCCUGCAUCAGUGCCUUCAGUCACUUUGCAGUAGUGGCUGGUGCUUUGAAUGAGUUGCAGAGGAUAAAAUUUAUACUGUGGUGGCAGUGAAUGGAAUAUUAUUUGGCAUUGUGACUUUUUUUUUUCUUUUCUCAUUGUUGUGUGGGAACCUUUACACAAAUGCUCAGCAUAUAUAUUAUCCCCAUUGCUCUAUAAAACCCAUUUUUGAUAUUAGGGGGGCCAUGCUCCCACUGAAGUUAAUAGGAAAUCUUGUAGCAAAAAGUCUUUUGGAACUCUUUAGCAAUAAGGUCUACAAGGAGUUUUAAGGAGUGAUACAAAAAACAAUCAUGAAAAGGUAUUUUGUGAUGGAAUCUUCAUGUUAUAUUCAUGUUUUUCUGAACAUUUCUGCUGUUUAUUGAAAUCUGAGUGUACGCUGGUAUUUCCCAUGCCCAUUUUAGCCACAGGGUAUCAAUGGUCUGUCUAGGGCCCUUAAUAUGCUAUUGAAUCAGUGAGAAAUAUUUAUUUAGGAUUGAGUCUAAAACAAAACUAUAAUGUAUUUUGAAAGAGUUCCCUCUGAAUUCUGCCUCUGCUGUCAUCCGUGAUCUUAGCCGAGGGUUUCCCUACAGGUUUCAAUAUGGGUGUCAUUCAGAGAUCUUCUGUACUAAAUGCUGACUACAGAACAGGGGAUGAGUGCUGCUUAACAGGCUUCGAGCACCUCAGAACCUGCAGGCUGGGCCAGUUUGGUUCCCAGCAUGGCACCACCAUAGACCUGUUUAUGUUGGAAAAGACCUUUAAAAUCAUUGGGUCCAACCAUUAAGCCAGUUUUGCCAAGUCCACCUAAAGUCCACCUAGACUUUAGUGGACUAAAGACUAGUCCAAGUCCACCUAGACUAAAUCCUGUCUCCAAGUGCUACAUCUACACUCUUUCUAAAUACCCCCAGGGAUGGUGACACCACUUCUUCCAUUGGCAGCCUGUUCUGAUGCUUAACAGUGAAGAAUUUUUCCUAAUAUCCAAUCUAGACCUCCCCUGGCACAACUUGUAUCAGACAGAAGCAGUGCAGGUAUUCCCAGUUAGCUUCCAUACCACAUGCUCCUGUUCACUUCACAAGCAGGAGCUUGUGGCUUGUGCCCAUCAAUGGCCCAGGAUAAAAGGGGGAGGUGGCCAGACAGGUGCAGGAGAAACAUGAGAGGCAGAUCCAGUCUUCAAAGAAUCAUAGAAUGUGAAGGAGUUGGACUGGUCUGCAAGAUAUCUUGUUCCAAGCCCUCUGCAAUGUGCAGGGACACCUCUCACCUGACUGGGUUUCUCAAGGUCUUACCCAGCCUGGGUUUGGACACUGCCAAGGCUGGGGCACCCAUAACCCUCCUGGGCAACCUGUUCCAGUGUCUUUACCCCUACAGUAAAAAUCUCCCUAAUAUCUAACCUAAAUUUCCCUUCUUCAGCUGGAGCUCAUUGCUCCUUGUCCUGUUACUACAGCUCCUCAGAGUCCCUCUCUGGCUUCCCUGCAGGCCCCCUCCAGACACUGUAAGGUUGCUGUGAGAUCUCCACACAACCUUCUCUUCUCCAGGUGAACAGUCCCAACUUUCCCAGGGGAAUCUGCCCUGGCAAAGUGCUCCAGUCCUCUUACCAGCUUCAUGGCCUUCCUCUGAACUUGCUCCAACACUUCCAUGUCCUUCUUAUAUUACAAGCCUCUCUUUUGCCUUGAAAGUCACUGUUGACAGUCAGAUUUAAAAUACAAUAAUUGGUUUUCUUCAGUUAUCAAAAUAAUAUCCUAGCAAUAUUUCUCUGAAUGUGUUGUUCAAGUUGGUAUGAAUAUUGACACCAUUUGAUUUUGUUUGAAUCCUGCAGAAAGCAGUUGCAUAUACAUAGCUGUUGUAGGCUGCAGUGUUCUGCAGUGUGCAAUGUAGGUGCAUAAACACAAGAUUUUCACGGUGCCCAAACCAACAAUGCUGUGUAGUGUUCUGUUUUUAGGAAAGAAUAUAUUAGAAAGCAACUACUGCCUAUUUCUGUCUGAAACACUAAGAAAGAGGAUUCAAUUUUAAUUCUAAUGACUAAUAUUAUUUUUGUUAUACCAUUUCUUCUUCUACCUUAAGUUCUUAUGCGGUGAACCCCGUCUCUGUGGUCUGAAGAUUUUGAAAUUAGAUGCUUAAUUUAUCUAUAAAAUAUAACAGCAGUUGUUUCCUUUUCCCCAUAUCAAAAUAUUUCACUUUCAUAUUGUUUCAUAUUAAUUUUAAUGUAUUUCUGUGUGCCAAAUGGAAAUGCCAUUGCUCUGUUGCUAUUCUAUGCAGUGCAAUAAAGGCUGAUAGUGUGCUGUGUUAGAUUAAUCUUAUGAUUAUUUUUCCUAUAGAUAGCUUGUUUUCAGAUAGGUAUGAGCAUUAAUGCCUUAUGUACUGCAUUUGAGUCACCAGUACUCCAGUUUAAGGUUUAUCUUUAAAUUAAAAUAAUUCGUUGUAUUUCUUAGUAGCUACCCAAAAACUUCAUCAGCAUUGCUUAUAUCUUAUAAUGUUAUAAUAUGAACUGGGUUUUUUGAUUGUGGUUUUUAGUUUUCUUAGGCUGUAUGGGAUACUAAAUACAAAGAAGAAAAUAAAAAUAUGCUGGCUCAGUGGAAGUAUAUAAGCAGGUAUAAAGUCCUAUUGACUGGCACAUCUUUUCUUUUUCCAUAUCAGGCUUUAAACAAUUUGAACUAAAAUUCUUGACUGCCUUGAGACAUAGACAGAUACCCAAUUUGAUCUAAGUUGGGAUUAUCAUUCACAUUUCCACUUUUGAUCAAAUCAGAAAUCAUAGAAAAAGAAUGCUUUUAUGAGCUGUUUUGAGCAAACAGCAGUGAACUAACAUGCCAACUAUGCAAAUAGCUUCUCUCUUUUCAAGUAAUAAAGCAAAUGUUAAGGAACUAGACUGUUUCAAAGGACUUUGGAAGAUUGUAAUUUGUUUAUUUUUCUUCAAAUAAAGUUUGCAAUAGCUAUUUUUAAAUGCUAUUAAAGAUGACUUUUAAUAAUAUAUGUCUAAUGUUUGCUUGUUUAACAAUACAGCUACUUACUUGUAGGUCACAGUUUCUGACCACUACCCAUCCUCAGCACUUUUUAGUGGUUUCCUCAUCUGUUUUAAAGCUCAGAAUUUAAUAAUAUAAAUAAAGUUUUUAAAAAGUA